UCAGACAUAUGCAUACUCUCUCUCUCUCUCUCUCUACGCGAUCUCUUUCUUUAAGCUUUCAAUUCAAAAAAUUCCUUUCAAAUCCCUGCCUGUGAUUUUUCCCGUUUCAGAUUUCUAGGGUUUUGUUCUCUAACUACCUAAUUGCUCAACUAUUCAAGGAAUUUGUUUCACUCAGAUUUGUUUAAAACUAUCAGUUGGGUUUAGUAGAGCUUCACAGCUUCGAGUAUUUAUGGUUUCGAUUAUAUGCUACUAAUUGUGAACCUUGUCGUUGGUUUCUGUGUGAAAUUCUAUAUUGGUACUUGUGGCUCUCCCAAAACUCCUUUAUGGUGAGGGUCAUUUUUGUAAUAGAGAACUGAACCUUCCAAUUGUCUUAGAGCUGUAUAAGCUGUACAUGUUGUUAUCAGCUUCAUUUAUAGGUGUUAUAUGAUCAAGCUUGAUACUGGAACAUGUAUUUUCUUUAGAGAGCUUCCUCUUUGAUUCUUUUAACUUUUAAUAUAAAGUGAAAAUAUGCCUCCAUGGUGGGGGAAAUCAUCAUCCAAAGACUCAAAGAAGAAAUCAAGCAAGGAAAGUUUCAUUGACACACUACACAGAAAAUUUAAGAGUGCAUCUGAAGGUAAAGUAAGCAGUAGAUCGGGAGGGUCUAGAAGACACUGCAGUGACACAGUUUCAGAGAAGGGAUCUCGAUCUCCCCUAGAAUCAAGAUCACCUUCUCCUUCCAAGCAUGUGGCAAGGUGCCAAAGUUUUGCUGAAAGACCUCAUGCUCAACCACUUCCUCUUCCUAGUGUACAACCAGCAAGUGUAGUUCGUACAGAUUCUGGAAUUGGUAUAUCAACCAAACCUAGGUUGGAAAAAGCCUCCAAGCCAUUUCUGCCUCUUCCUAGACCUGGAUGCAUUCGUGGCAGGCCAAAUCCUGCAGAUUUAGAUGGAGAUUUGGUGACUGCUUCAGUUUCCAGUGAGAGUUCCAAUGAUAGUGAUGAUCCAGCUGACUCACAUCAUCGUAGUCCUCAGGCAACUGAUUAUGACACUGGGACUAGAAUUGCUGCAGGCAGCCCUUCAAGUUUGAAGCUCAGGGAGCAAUCCUCUACCGUUGCCCAAAUAAACUCAAGAGAAAGAAAAAAACCACCAAACCUUUCCGUCAGUAAUCAUACUUCUCCUACAUCACCUAAACGAAGACCUUUAAGCGGUCAUGUGCCAAAUCUACUGGUUCCUUACCAUGGUGCUUUCUGCAGUGCUCCUGACAGCUCCAUGUCAAGUCCUUCCAGAAGUCCAAUAAGAGCAUUUGGCACUGAGCAAGCUACGAACUCUGCUUUCUGGGUUGGGAAGACUUAUCCAGAUGUCACUUUUGUUGGAUCUGGUAAUUGCUCUAGUCCGGGUUCAGGUCAAAAUUCUGGGCAUAAUUCAAUGGGAGGGGAUUUGUCAGGACAGUUAUUUUGGCAACAAAGCAAGGGUAGCCCUGAGUAUUCUCCAGUACCAAGUCCCCGAAUGACUAGCCCUGGCCCAAGUUCUAGAAUUCAUAGUGGUGCUGUCACACCUAUUCAUCCUAGAGCAGGAGGGACACCCACUGAGUCACAGACGAGCUGGCCUGAGGAUGGGAAACAACAAAGUCACCGCUUACCACUUCCUCCCAUAACAAUUUGUAAUUCUUCUCCCUUUUCUCACUCAAAUUCAGCGUCAACAUCUCCCUCCAUGUCGCGAAGUCCAGGAAGGGCAGAGAAUCCAGCAAGCCCUGGCUCACGCUGGAAAAAGGGAAAGCUGCUGGGUAGAGGCACUUUUGGGCAUGUCUAUGCUGGGUUUAACAGCGAAAGUGGUGAAAUGUGUGCAAUGAAGGAGGUUACAUUAUUUUCAGAUGAUGCAAAGUCCAAAGAAAGUGCUAAGCAAUUAAUGCAGGAAAUUACUUUAUUGAGCCGUUUACGACACCCAAAUAUUGUGCAGUACUAUGGGUCUGAAACGGUGGGCGACAAACUUUAUAUAUACCUUGAGUAUGUAUCUGGUGGAUCUAUUUAUAAACUUCUCCAAGAAUAUGGACAAUUGGGCGAAGCAGCACUCCGGAGUUAUACUCAGCAAAUAUUGUCAGGGCUUGCAUAUCUACACAAUAAACAAACUGUCCACAGGGAUAUUAAGGGAGCAAAUAUACUUGUCGACCCAAAUGGCCGUGUCAAGCUGGCAGACUUUGGGAUGGCCAAGCAUAUUACUGGGCAGUCGUGCCCAUUAUCACUCAAGGGAAGCCCUUACUGGAUGGCACCUGAGGUUAUACGGAACGCAAAUGGGAGCAACCUUGCAGUGGAUAUCUGGAGUCUUGGGUGCACGGUUUUGGAAAUGGCCACAACAAAACCACCUUGGAGCCAGUAUGAAGGGGUUGCUGCCAUGUUUAAGAUUGGGAAUAGCAAGGAACUCCCACUAAUUCCAGAUCACCUCUCAGAUGAUGGGAAGGAUUUUGUAAGGAAAUGUUUGCAACGCAAUCCAGAUAAUCGUCCUACAGCUCAAAAGCUUUUGGAGCACCCGUUUGUGAAAUAUGUUGCACCAUUGGAAAGACCUAUUCUGGGCCCUGAGCCUUCAGAUUCACCUGUUGGGGUUACAGAUGGAGUGAAAACUCUGGGCAUUGGGCAAGCAAGAAGUCUUUCCACCUUGGAUUCUGAUAGACUUGCAUUUCACUCGUCUAGAGUUUCAAAAACUGGUCCCCAUGCCAGUGAGAUCCAUAUUCCAAGGAACAUAUCAUGUCCUGUCUCACCCGUUGGAAGCCCUCUUUUGCACUCAAGGUCACCGCAACACUUGAAUGGAAGAAUGUCUCCUUCUCCUAUAUCCAGCCCACGGACCACUUCAGGCUCGUCCACACCUCUCACAGGCGGCAAUAGUGCCAUUCCAUUUAAUCACCUGAAACAGUCGGGUUUCUUGCAAGAGGGUUUUGGAGGCAUGCAAAAACCCCCAAACGGUUUCUUUAUCAAUGGCCCAUCCUAUCAUGAGUCAUGUCCUGACAUCUUUAGAGGGAUGCAACCAGGAUCUAACAUCUUCUCAGAACUGGCACCCAGUGAAAAUAAUGUUUUGGGAAAGCAGUUUGGAAGGCCUGCUCAUGGUGAGUUGUAUGAUGGACAGUCAGUCUUGGCUGAUCGUGUGUCUAGGCAGCUCCUGAGGGAUAAUAAUGUUAACCCAUCACUGGAUCUAAGUCCCAGCUCUCCUUUGCCCAGCCACUCAAAUGGUAUCUAACUUGGCACAGAAUCAUGGAUCCACCAGUCAGAGCAGGUUCUCAAGUCCGUCAGUCUUUUUCCUUCACAGGAUCAAUUCUCUUCAUUCUAACUGCUAAGGAAGCUAAUUUGUUCAAUAAUGACCCUAACUGAAACCUGGAAUAAGGUUGGAUCUAUGGAGAAUGAAGUGGCAUGGCUGGUGACAGCUACGUGUUCUCAGUGGCCUACGGCAUUCCGAUCCUUGAAUGAUAAAACAAAGCAAUCUGGUAUGACAAAACUGGUUCUGGUGGUGGAUGUUCGUGUAGACCAAUUGAUACAUAUGGAGCUCGCUUCCUGGCAAAUAAGUCACUUGUUGUCAUAAAUAGCUUCUCAUGAUAUGGUGCGGCAUUGUUCAUACAAAGUUGAGUGCUUCUACUGAUCUGAGGUAUGAGAAAAGGUCGAUUUUUCCUUGGGGAGGGCGACUUCUGGUGAUCCAAUGCGUGUUACAAAAAGAUUCAUGGCAGUGAGAACUGUAUAUUUUUGUCAAGAUCAUCAUAUAGAAGAAAUAAUAGAUUGACUUGGUACUAGAAAGGUUUGGAACCUUUUUUUUUUUUUUUUAAUUUUCUGGGAGUUGGGGAAGGGGGAGGCUUCUGGGACUGCUGUACAGUACAUGGGAGACUGAAUUUUGGUUCAAAAUUUGUUAAUCAAACCGUCAGGGAUUUGUUGAGCCUGUGCAUUUCUGUUUCCUACAAUGGUUUAUGCCGGCUCAGUUGUAACUCUCAUUGUAUACGGGUUUACCUGAUUUGUUGUAUGUACAUUAACACUCAAGUAAAUUGAAGAAAUCUACUUCUAUGGUUCUACAA